AUGAAGUCUGUCCUCCGCGUUUCGUUGGCUACCACCUUCGGACUUUGCGUGCUGGCCAUCGCAGUUUCCGGCCAACUGCUGCCGGAAAACGCCAUAUCAAAAUCCACGGAAAUCCUGAGUGACGUCCUACUGAAGGCCACGAUUGAAGACGAAUUCAAUUAUGUAGUGUCUCCGUUCGCAAGUUCUGUGAUUUUGGCACUAGCGGCCGAGGGAGCCGACACGGAAACCAAGAGCCAACUCGUAGCAACUAUGGGUGGUGAGCUACCUGACAAGAACUCUUACAAAGAAGUUCUCACGACCAUCAAGGGCUAUUCGCUAGACGGGUUCAUGCAGAACAAAGUCGUUCUGAAGAACUUCCUGUACGUUUACAAAAACUACAGUGUACAUGAAUCAUUCGCCCAACUCGCCCGGGACUAUUAUCUAACUGACGUGAGGAGCGUCGAAAGACCAGACUUGGCAACAAAAAAAGACGCGACCAACAACAUAUUCUUGGAUGACGAUAAAACCUCGGAGUUUAAAGAGCACGCCUUGUUAAUCUUCAACGGUUUAUCAUUGGAAAUGAAUUGGCCGACUAGCACGUGGCAUAAAACGUCAGUAUCUUGGAACGGUAACGUGGUCAAAGCGUUCGGCGCAGCCGGCAAUUUCGCCAUCGGCCAGAUACCUUCACUCGAUUGUACAGCGUUUAAACUGCCCUACAAGAACACUGACUACGCCUUAUUAGUGCUUUUGCCGAAAAACAAAGAUGUAUCGCUGAACGAAGUACUGAAAAAACUUAAGCCAGAAAACAGUAUCGAACAACUAACGAAAGCGAUGACGAUGAAACCCGGUUUCGUAACUAUGCCAUGUUUCCAGAGCAGUAACAUUACCCACCUAAAAACGGUUUUGCAACAGGGAACCCAAACGAAUACUGUAUUCACCGAAUCAGCAGACCUAUCAAAAUUGUCGUCAGACAAGCUGUAUUUGGACGACGUGGUCCAGCAGGCCGGCAUCCGCGUUUGCGUCGAAGGCUCUUCUUCCUACUCGCUGACCAGUUCCGCGUUUACGUCGCAGAGAGUCAUCAAGGAGUCAGUGGUCGUAGACCGACCGUUCGCGUACGCGCUUUACAACGUGGCCAACGGGAUCGUGUACGCGGCCGGCAAGUUGGAGCGGCCCAUCUGGGAAGAAACCGACGACGGCGGCGAUGGUUCCGACAUCGAGACGAUCCCCAUUUAGACGAGACCAAAGCGAAUGUGUUUAAUAUUAUAAUAACUGGAGUUUGGAUAGUUUUAACUCUUAAAAAAAAAAAAUCACCAUAAAUUCC